AUGGAGACACCCAUUCCAAAUCACGAUUCAAUUAAAGAAACGAUAGAGGCAUCUGUAAACGAAUCUAUAGAUAAUUCUAACCAAACAGAGGACAAACCUACAAAUGGUUCUGUUGACCAAAACCAACAGAGUUCAAGUCCCAUGGAGAUAGAUACGAAAGAAGACUCUACAAAACCAGAGAUAAACACACCAACCCCAAAUGAAAAUAGCCAGCUUCCAAUGCAUGAAAUAGUAGGUGGAUCCUCAGUUAGACGAUAUCUCAACCAACAUCUUACAAAGACUUUGCUUGAGGGAUUAAAAGAAGUUGCACAAAUUAAACCAGAAGAUCCAUUAAAGUAUUUAGGGGAAUUCUUAAUUUCAAAAUCGAACGAGUCAAAGAAAGAGUAG